AUGGCUGCAAUUAUUUGCCGCAAGAGAUCCUUUUUCGAAGAUUUACAAUCGCCAUCGCCGAUUUCAGCAUCAUCACCGGUUUUGAAGAAGCUUCGUUCUUCUUCCUACAGCAUCUCUCCAAUUCACUUCGAUCAGCUGAGAGCUUUAUUUCCUGAUAUUGAUUGUCAGCUACUUGAGAAAGCAUUGGAAGAAUCUGGCAAUGACCUGGAUGCUGCUAUUAGGAGCCUGCAUGAGCUAUGCCUCAGAUAUUCAGAUGGAAAGUCGAAUACAAAAGAGAUCAGAAAUGGUACGUAUAAUCACACAAUCCCUUCAUCAGGUUGCUGGUUGAAGUGA